UCAGAAUUUAACGCUUCCAGUAAUAAUGGAGAAUUGGCAAAUAAUAACUAUCUUAUUAAUAAUAUCCUGUUUGAUAUUUAAUGAAGCAAUUCAAAAUUUGGAUGACAAACGAAUGUGCCAAUUUGAAAAAGGUACGACGAGAAAAGCUGCUGAAAAUGGAAACUUAGAACUUUUAAAAUAUGCAUAUGAAAAUGAAUGUAAAUGGGAUGAAGAUACGACUAUUGUAGCUGCGGCAAAAGGUAAUUUGGAAUGUUUACAAUACGCUCAUGAAAAUGGAUGUGAAUGGAACGAAGAUACAACAAGAGCUGCUGCUGCUAAUGGACAUUUAAAAUGUUUAAAAUAUGCUCACGAAAAUAAAUGUCCGUGGGAUGAAAGUACAACAGAAGCAGCUGCAAAUUAUGGUAGUUUAGAAUGCUUAAAAUACGCGUAUGAAAAUGGCUGCAAGUGGAAUAUAAUCGAUAUUGCAAACAAUGCAAUUUUAAAGGAUAAUCUAGAAAUAUUAAAAUAUAUUCACGAAAAUGGAUAUAAAUUGAAUAUACUCACAACUAAUACGGCUGCCGUGAGAGGUAAUCUAGAAAUUUUAAAAUAUUUACACGAAAAUAAAUGUCCGUGGGAUGAAAGUACAGCGCAAAUAGCUACUUAUAAUGGUUAUUUUAAAUUCUUAAAAUAUGCUCAUGAAAAUGGUUGUAAAUGGGAUGAAGAUACAACUACUGUGGCUGCGAAAAGAGGUAAAUUAAAAAUUUUAAAGUAUGCACAUAAAAAUGGAUGUCCGUGGGAUGAAAACUUAACAAAAGAAGCUGCUUCUAAUGGUAAAUUAAAAUGCUUAAAAUUGUUUCGUCUUCUCUUAGUGACGAUAUUAGAACAAUGUUAA